UCAACACAAGCGACCCUCUUACCAAAAAAUUUUCCUUCCCUUUUUCCGUCUGAUUUUCUCUUACGUUCUCUCAAUCCAAACACGUUGGAAUCCUCUGUUACACUGCGAGAAAUGGAGAUGGCUAUGGGGGAGGAUUCGCUCUCUUCGCACGCUCUUCUCUCCAUGGCUCGCGCGGCUGUGACGGUGAAUGGACGAACCCCGCGGUUUCCUAAAAUUCCUAUACAAAGUACGCUUCGAAAUUGUAAAGUUAGGGUUUGCUAAAUCUCUUUGUUUUAGAAUUCUGUGGUUUUGUUGUUUAUCUCUUUUGGACCUGAAAUUCGUGGAAUUGAAUUCGAGAGCUCUAGGGUUUCGGUGAAUUUGGGUGAAACUUUUAAUAUUAGUGAUUUCCACGAAGAUUGGAGUGUCGAGAUUUGUAUUAUAGGGUUUCUGGAAAGUUCUUGUGAAAUUUGAGCUCCCUAGGGUUUCACAUGGCUCAUUAAAUGUCCGUGUCUUAGGUUUUGACGAAGAUCUCAGGGACCUGUAAAUUUGAUUUCUAGGGUUUGAAAGAAUCUUUCGUCAAAUUUUUAGUUUUCUAGGUUUCAUAUUUGGUUCUCGUAAGGGCUCUGGUGUUGGAAAUGGAAGAAUUUAUCGGGAUUUGAAUUUGAAUUUCGUGUUGUAAUUUUCGAAGGAGGAGCUUGGUGGGCGUUUGAAUUUGAAUUUGAAUUUGAAUUUUGUGGCGGGAAAAUUUUGAAUGGCGGGAAGGUGGGAAGUAGGGUUUCCGAAGAGUGCUUGUAGUCUUAGAGAACAAGCAGCGAGAACCAUUCUUCGCACUGUAAGGUCGCGUGGGCACACGUACGUUGAGCUUCGGGAAGAUGGGAAAAAGUUCGUUUUCUUCUGUACUCUGUGUCUUGCACCGUGUUAUAGUGAUGCCGUGUUGUUUGAUCACUUGAAGGGGAAUCUUCACACUGAGAGGUUAUCUACUGCUAAGGUUACGCUCAUGGGACCAAAUCCAUGGCCUUUCAAUGAUGGUGUUCUAUUCUUUGACAAUUCAGUGGAGAACCAAAAAGAGUCGGGUGUUUUCAAUACAAAUAAAAGUAGGUUGUUGGAGUUGCAGAACAAUGAUGACAAUCGUGCUAUUGUCGAAUAUAGUGGAAAUUCGCAAACGAAUUGUAAUGGGAAUGGUGGUGUUCAUUCAGAUAUUGAAAUUAGUUAUUGUGAUAAGACUUUGAAUGCUAAUGACAGUGUCGUAGUUCCCGGCGUGCGGAUUUGGAAUGAAAUAUCUGAUAUAAAAGUGCAGGAGGUUGGCUGUGGACAAAUUGCUGCCAGGUUCCGUGAGAAGGAUAAGGUUUUGAAUGGGAUUAGUAGAAUAUGGUGUGAGUGGUUGGGGAAAAGAAGUCCUGAAAAUGAGGAUAAGUUCAAUGUUCCAGAGCAUGAUUUUGCUGUUGUUACUUUCCGUUAUAAUUGUGAUAUUGGCAGCAAGGAAUUGUUUGAUCAUAUGAAGCCAUUGCUGUUAUCUAGUCCUACAUCAGAAUCAGAGAAUGGGGAAGGCACUAGUAGGAAAAAAAAGAAAUCAUUUUCUGAUCCUGAGGACAUUAGUGAGUCCUUGAAUAAUAAUAAUAAUAAUCAAUAUGAUUCAUCUGGGGAAGAUUCUUCAGCUUCAAAUGGCGCCUCUUCGAGAUUAAUUUUGGCUUAUUAUGAUGAUCAGCUGCUGCAUAAGAGGUUUAUUUCAAGUAAGGCUUUAAGGCGAGAGUUGAGACAGCAUCAGCGUUUGGCUGCAGAAAGGAUGUGUGAUAUCUGUCAACACAAGAUGCUUCCUGGGAAAGACGUAUCAGCACUAAUGAAUAUGCAGACUGGAAGGCUUCUCUGCAGUAGCCGAAAUGUGCAUGGGGCAUUUCAUGUAUUUCACACUUCAUGCAUUAUUCACUGGAUACUUCUCUGUGAGUUUGAAAUAAUUACAAAGGAGUUAGUUAGUCCAAAACUGAGGAGAAGAAAAUCCAAGAGAAAGAAUGCAGCUAAAUGCAGUGCAAUAGGAAAAGAAGGUGAGGUGAAAGCUACAAGAACACAAAUUGAUUCUGUUUUCUGCCCGGAGUGCCAGGGAACUGGGAUCAUAACUGAAGGAGAUGAACUGGAGAAACCAUCUGUCCCCCUUUCUGAGAUGUUCAAGUAUAAACUGAAGUUGAGUGAUGCACGGAGAACUUGGAUGAAAAGUCCCGAAGUGUCAGAGAACUGCUCCACGGGUUUUCAUUUCCCUUCCCAGUCUGAAGAAACGAUUCAGGAAAAGGUGAAACCCCUGAAAUUGCUGCGUUUCUAUGAAUCUGAUAUAUAGAGCAGCCAUACGAAUCUUGCGGACCGUGUAGUCAUGUUAGUUUCACAGUAGAACGUAGAUUUUUCUUUCAUCAUGUAAUCUGUUGUAAAUAAACAUGAUUCUCAUAGAAACUAUGGGUAGGAUUUCUGAUAUAACCAGGACUUCGUUAAUGUUGUAUAUUCCUGUCUUCUGACAGAGGUGCAUACAUUCAGUUUAUGUAUUUCUGCAUAUGCUAAAUGAAUCGCUGGUUGACUGUA